ACGAAAUUAGUCACAGUUGAGACGCGAAAGUGUAUAGGACAUAUAUAAACUCUAUCUUCUGUAAUCUUUCUUUAUCUCAUCAACGUUAAAAAGAUUUAAUAGCUGGAAAUAUACAAAGACUUUUGUGCUUAUUUGUAAGAACUACGCAAAUUUAAUUGUAAUCAAUUCUUAAUCGUUCCGUGAAGAGAAGAGACAUUUUUCUUAAACAAAAAAAUGACUUCACAUAAAUAUAAAUUUACAAUUUCCGCACCGGGCCGAAUCGUCUUGGCCGGAGAUCACACGAUGAUGUAUGGAAAACAUUUCGUUUUGGCCAGCUUAAGUCACCGUACCAAAGUCAAAUUCUGGAAAUUAUCUGAUCAGGCAAGAAACAUUAGGAUAGAGUUCCCUCAGGUGAAUCUAAAGAAAUAUAUAUCAUUGGAAGAAGUUCGACGCUUUCUCGAUAAAUCUGAAGAACUAAAGGAUCGUCCGCUACGUAUCCUUAAAUACGUACAUUCGUUUAUCACUUUCAACAAUAUGUGGUCCACGAACAGGCAGAGGUAUAGCUUGAAAGUGUUCUUCUUUCUGCUUUACAUUAUGGUAAACGACGAGAACCUCGACAUACAAUCAUUUCGCGUAAACGUGACCACGAAGAUCCCUUUGGAUGCCGGUCUCGGUAGUUCCUCAUCAUUCAUGGUUGGUCUAGCAGCGUGUUUCCUUCAUUGGAAGCGUUUACAGAACAACAAUAGUUCUAUGGAAUUCAACGAAAACUAUUUGUAUAAGAUUGAAGACUGCGCAAGAUUUUGCGAGCAGUGGACGCAAGAGUAUGAGUGUCGGCUAGAUACCGAGGUUUGUGUAUUCGGCAAAUUGAUCAAAAGUCGAAUCGACGAGGCCAAAAUGUAUUCGACGGAGAAACAAAGUGCGACACCAAUACACAUUUUACUGGUCGAUACAGGAAAGCGACAGAAAAAGAAAGAUCAAGAGAGGCAAAUGGUAUUGCUGAAAUUAAAAAAGAAUCAGUUAUUUGAUUCUAUAUUAGAUAAAUUAAACGAAAAAGCAGAAAAAAUAUAUGACAGGAUCAAAUCGAUACCUCCCAUCGACUCUCCCAAUUUAGCAGAGCGUGAUCGCUGUUACAAUUUAUUACAGAAUUCCAUCAGGAAGACCCAUAAAAUAUUGCGCAAAAAUGAUUUGACAACUCAGGAUAUUGAUAAUAUUCGGAACAUUGCAAAAGAAUAUAACUUGGAGGGAAAGCUUACAGGUUUUGGGGGAGGAUUUGUAUACAUUAUAAAAUCACCGACUAUUACAAACGAAAACUUCGCGAAUAUGCAGAGACAAUUAGAGAAUCAACAUUUCAAAUGUCAACGAGCCUACUUCAAUUGUGAAGGAGUGAAAAUUGAUGAGCAAAGUUAUAAUACAGAUAUUAUAUAUGAUUAAAUAAUAACAAAUAACUAAAUGUAGAGGGUAGAACGGAAUUACUGACUUAAUAAUUGUGAUUUUUUAAGGGUACUAUAACGAUGAAUAAUACACAUUUUAGUAAAAUAUAUCACAUAUAUUCUGUUGAUUAGAGAUCACGGUCUUUUAAUCACAUCGUACUGAAUUAUGAAAUCACAGAUAAGAAAUUAUUGAAUUGAAUUUUCUUGUAAAAUAUAUCGAAACAUAUUAGAUUUUUCAUAUUCUAUACCAUUUUUCUUUAAGAAUAAAAUGCCUUAUUGAAUUAUACGCUGCUAUGAACAUACAGGUUUUUUUCAAUUUGUAAAUUAAUUAGUAUACCAGAU